UUCUAUCUUACUUUCUUAAAGUCAGUCAUUACUUAACCCAAACGCCUCACAAUUUGUGUCCAACGGGCCCAGACUGUUAGAUAUCAGCUCUGAGAUUUGCUACAGUCGUGCACGUUUAUAGGAAACUCCCAGAAGCGUUUCUCACUGACAGCGGAGCUGAUCUUACAGUCGUAAUGGUGCACUUAUCUAAUGGCCCAAUGUGUUACAGGACGACGUUAUCGACUUUGUGCCCCAGUGUUUAAACUGAGAUCGAAGACACGUACUGGUACGUAUUUGAAUUGAUGGUUUGUGUUGGACGGGAGCUGUUUGUUCUGCGCAUGUGUGUAUUUGGCAAAUGUUAGACGUCAGGGGUUGAACUGCUGUCAACAUCACACAUGUAAGAGGCAAGACAAGCUGAGAUCCACCACACGCAACGCAUCAGAGCUGAGGUUUUCUGUGAAACGGGACGAUCAGACGGUUCAGAUGAGAGAGGGGACCGAUCCGGGUAUGAGCAUGUCUAUCAGCAGCUACCUUUCUGCAUCUGACACGUUUGACAUAACAGAGCCGCCCCAGUACUAUGAUGUUCUUGUGGAUCCGUUGGGCUGCUCUUACCAGGAUCAGGAUCUGCAAAGUCCCAUCUAUGGGCAGCAGCUGUUUAGCCCCGUGCAGUUCUCCAUGUACGGCUCGCCAAACGUUCAGCCGUGUAACCCACCCUAUCCGUACGGCCAUCAAUGCUUCGAGUACACCUGUGAACAAGACGGGGAGGUCCAAAGCCCAGGACGGGGCAGCAUCGUCAGCAUUCCCCUGAUGAAAAGAUCAAGGAUGGGGCAUGGAGCUCGAGUAAAGGGCCAGGAUGAACUGUGUGUGGUUUGUGGUGAUAAAGCCUCGGGAUAUCACUAUAAUGCCCUCACCUGUGAGGGUUGCAAAGGUUUCUUCAGACGCAGCGUGACCAAAAAAGCGGUGUACCGCUGCAAGAGUGGCGGCAGUUGUGAGAUGGACAUGUACAUGCGCAGAAAGUGUCAAGACUGCAGACUGCGCAAAUGCAGAGCCGUCGGGAUGCUGGCAGAGUGUUUACUUACUGAGGUCCAAUGUCAAUCCAAGAGAUUAAGAAAGGGCUCCAAACACAGAGGACACCACGGCUCCACACACAGUCCUGAAGAUGAUGAUGAAUGCUCUGAAAGCAGAAGUGUCUCAUCGACAAGCAGAUUCACCACACGGGUAACAUCUGGUUUCUCCAGAGAACAGAAAUGCAUUCUGAACAGAAUUGUCGAGGCGUACCGUAAAUACAUUAUUCAAGACAACAUGAAUUGCCAGAUAUCUAUGUGGUCAAGUUUAACAAGCAGUGUGGACUUGACUCCACCUCAGACAGAGAAACUUUUGCAGUUUUCAAGAAGUGUACCUGGGUUUGAGCUUUUGGAAAGUUCUGACCAGAACACGCUCUUGUCAAGCUCCUCAGUUGAGGUUAUGUUCCUGCUCCUCGCUCAGCAGUUUUCAGACAACCCCACUGGUGUCAGCGCUGCUUUACACCCUGCAAGUUUAAAUAAUUUAAACUCUGACUGGGUGAAAACUUCCAAGAUUGGGAACAACCAUAGGAUAACAACACACUCAGGGCUGAACGAUGAGCUCUUGAGGUCGGUGGUAAACUUUCUCCACAGUAUGGUGGCCAUAGCAGUGACCGAGGCUGAAUACGCACUUCUAACGGCAACCGCGGUAUUGUGUUCAGCAGACAGGCCCUUUCUGCGAGCGGUUGGUUGUGUCGAGAGCUUACAAGAGUUUGUUUUGGAGCUCCUGUCCAGAUUAUGCUGCAGCAGUCAGGGAGGAUCUCAUGACCCGAGGCGCUUCGCCCGGCUCCUCAGUCGACUGACAGAACUGAGAACUUUACAACACAAUCACCUCACCCUUCUCCCACAUCAAUCCUGGGACAUGCAGUCCUGAGACUGGAGGAGAGAUUUAUGACAUCUAGUUUAUUUUGCAAUACAGUUUUAUAGUUUUGUUUAAAACAAUAAUCCGGUUCAUUGUACUGUUGACUACACAUGUGCAGAUAUAGUUCAGCUAAAAAUAUACAUUCUUAUUCUUACAUGCAAUGAAUAAAAUGUUUCUUUUCACUUUU